GCGGGCCUAGGCAUUUUCCACCGCGUGGCGCACGGCGCGCCGGGGCGCCUCGCACCUGCUGCUUCCGUCCGCCGGCGCUUCUUGCACUUGGUAUAUAGAAAUUCAAGAAGAAGGUAGGGAAUUCGUUGUUUUACUCCUUCUCAAUCAUCUUCUGAAUCAUCUUCUCGGUCUUUACCCUACCGUUCCUCCUAUCACCUUUCAAAACCAGCCGCGAGAAGCAAAAAUGUCCACAGGCGCCCUCACUUCCGCCCUCCUGCCGAAAGACUAUGGCUAUGUCAUCAUCAGCGCCGCCGCCUCGUUCGGUCUGGGCAUGUGGCAUGCCUACCGCAUCGUCCCAUUCCGCAAGCGGGCGGGCGUUAAAUACCCCAGGUACUACGCCGAGAACUCCGAUAUUACGAACGCUGAGAGCGCGGAGAAGAAGCAGGCGCUGUACUUGUAUAACUGCGCUCAGCGUGCGCAUGGUAACUGGAUGGAGAACCAUCCCCCCUUCGUCAUCGCUCUUCUCGUCGCCGGUCUGAGGUACCCUAUCGCCUCCACCGCACUCGCAGUGGGAUGGAUGGUGUUCCGCACGCUCUACGCAGUCGGGUACACGCGGAGCGACAAGACGGACGGCAAGGGACGACUCAUCGGCACGCCGGCCAGCUUCCUUCAAUUGGGGUUGUACGGCUUGAUGGCGUGGACGGGGUACACGAUGGUGAGGUAGAGGUCUAGAUGGGAGGAGCAGGUGCGGUACUCAUCCGUUGGAGCGAAGAGUGGCUCGGACGAGCGAAAGAGUGGUGGGCACCACUCAGGUUGCUUUCAUAUGUAAGACUGUCCCUGACUCCUCCGCUUUCGCUCGCGCUCAUGAUAUAAGAAGUGUCAAUCGAGAUAUCCCAACUCACCUUUGCAUUCU